AUGAUAGCGGAUCAGGACGGGCCGACGGCCAGUCGCACCCAAAAGGGUCAUGCCAAGACUCAUUCCAGGUCCUUAUCCCUCCGCGCUAUUCCCAUUCGACUGCGGCCAAAGACGGCACCCUCCUCCCCCGAUCUGGGCGAAGAGCAGGCCUCUGGCUCGACAAAGCUGGCGCCUCCACUCCCUGAAUCGCCCCGCAUACGCCGAUCUUCGGCUCCACAAGAGGGCGCAACGACACCCGAAUGGCGUGCAAACCAAUUCACCACACCGCUCGAAGCCGAUGCCGAGUUUGUACGCAGAACAUAUGCGCACUUCUCCAUAGCUGGCGUGCCCGACGAUGGCUUCUCGGACGGCAAGGAAUACACGCGAGAGAGGAACGGAUUGUCGGCCUGGGAGGAAGCGGCACUCUCGCGUCCGAGCAGCCUCGUACCAGCUCGUAGACAAGUCGAGCCUCCUGCUUCUACCCAAGCAUCUCCUCAAAUCGUACAGUCGGACUCUUUCUCCAAAGCCGGUCACAGCGCCGCAGCGAGCCAGGCCAAUGGUCGCAUCAACGGCCAUGUACCGCCGCGUUUGAACAACAGCGAUAGCACACGCAGUGCCCUUUCGCAGCUCUCGUCUCAGAGUACACAUGCCGACCCGCAUGUUGACGGUCGCGCAGCAGUCGUAGCAGCUCAACUCGCAGACACCUCCGUCUCCAAGGCAACCUUCCUCUCGACAAACGAGCGAGAACGUCGACAGGCCGUCGCCGACAAGAAGCGUCAAGAGACCAUCGCCAACAUCGAUCGAUACGGAUUCUUUUCGGGCCUUCCGGGCAAUGUGCACCACAAAGCCACGCUGCUGUCAAGCAGCCUCUUCCUCGCUCCCUUUCCGCGCAAGGCCGUCAAGCUGCGCACUUCUCGUUCGUUACCCAUGCCGAGCAGCCUUGCGCACCCUUCAGCGGCCUCUAGUAUCGCAAACGAAGCCGGAGGAGAUGCAGAUCCGUCGCACGAGGUGCACCAAGUGCGCGCCGCAGCCGAUGCAGCUCACCGUCAGCGCGAGCAGGAGAGGAUCGCAAAGUGGACGCGCAUGCUUACCGUCAAGGACCGCGACCCAGGCUUGAACGCAGUCGAGUUUGAUUUCGCCAACGGCGUCGACCGGCGGCUGCGGCGGCGCGUCUUCAAGGGCAUCCCUGACAGCUGGCGCGCUGCGGCCUGGUCGGCGCUCCUGCAGCGUCGGCGGCAGACAGAUGAAGGGCGGCGGAGCUACGCGCUUGCCAAGCCGCACAUCCUGACGGCGGCUACCCAAUCGGACGACGAGAGCUUUGAGCGGCUCAAGCACAUGGCUAGUCCGCACGACGUGCAGAUCGACCUCGACGUGCCCCGCACCAUUUCUGGGCAUAUCCAGUUCCACACGCGCUAUGGCCAGGGACAGCGUUCGCUCUUCCACGUUCUGCACGCGCUCUCGAUUCUGUGCGAGCAGUGCGCCUACUGCCAAGGCAUGGGGCCCAUCGCUGCGACGCUGCUUUGCUACUUGAGUCCCGAGCGCGCCUACGCAGCCAUGGUGGCGAUGCACAACCAUGUCAACCUGCACACCACCUUUUCGCCCGGAUUCCCAGGGUUGGUGGAAAACCUGUUCGUCCAGGACCAGCUGCUGCGCAAGUACAUGCCAGAGAUCGCGGCCACACUGGACGAGCACAUGAUCGUGGCGAGCUCGUAUGCGACCAAGUGGUACAUCACCUUGUUCUCCAACUCGAUCCCGUUCGAGACGCAGCUGCGCGUCUGGGAUGCCUGGCUGCUCGACGGGCAGGACGUCAUCACGCUCGUGGCGGUCGCCAUCAUCUGGGCGCACCGAGGCGCCAUCUUGCAGCCCAAUGCGGACUUUGAGACGAUCCUCAGUGCGCUCAGCAGCUUUUUCGUGCCCGAGAACGACGAUGCGCUGCUGUUCUGGGUGCGAGACGCUCUGGCGCGCAGGGAUGUACGCAGCUCCAUGCAGAGGGCGCGCGACGAGUACCGCCAAAAGGCCGAGAGUGGCCAAGCUGCUGCUCUGAUGCUCUGA